UUUCUUUUUACUUUGAUUUUUAAAAUGGGGGUAGUACUGCGGAAUCUCCAAAAGGUGGUGCCUGUUCGUCGCGCCAGGCUGCGCAAGGAUGUUGACACUCUGAGGCACAUACUGGGCAUCCAGAAAUUUGAUCUUGGCAUCAUUUGCGUGGAUAACCACAGGAUUCAACAAAUCAAUAACAUCUACAGAAAGAAAAAUACACCUACUGAUGUCCUGUCAUUUCCAUUCUACGAGGACAUAAGACCCGGUAAGCUGCCCUGCCCCCUUCACAGAGAUGAGCUGAACCUUGGGGACAUUUUCUUGGGGGUCCAGUUUGUGAUGGAACAAUGUCAGGAGGAAUCCCUCGAUCUGCACGGUGCUCUUACUGCAGUCACUGCACAUGGUAUCUGUCACCUGUUGGGCUACAGGCAUGAGACAGAGGAAGAGUGGGCUGAGAUGCUGCAGAGGGAAAGCUACAUUCUAACUCAGCACUAUGGUGCUUGUUACGUGCCUGUACAAUGCCCUGUAACCAGAUGGACUCAGUGUCCCACGAUGAUUCAGAAACAAAUGUUAUGUUCACAGUUAAUAUUUGCUGCCGUUUACUGAAGGACUUAAGACAUGCACCUGAUUCUGUGGACAUCCUUCUGAACACUGCCUGUGAGUGUUAAGAACCAAAAAGUCUGUGCACUUUCACCUCAGUAUUUUAUUAAAAUCUGCUUUAGGAAGAGUCAGUUGUGUAUGAAGGGUAGAAAAAGCAGUCCAUUCUUGCUUCACAAAUACAUUUUACCCUCUUUACACUGCAUUUGGGACAAGAUGCUCAGGAAGGUGCCAUGUUUUAAAAAAGCCAAAGCAGACAAAAGGAACCCAUUUAUGAACAACCUGUCUGCUCUCUUAACUGGGUAUAUGAUCAUGGUGCAAGAAUAAAGAAUACUGCACUUCCAGGAAGUCAGCUAAUGAUAGUCAGCUAUAGAAGACUCUGUAUCAGUGUCACAGUUGAUCCCCACAGAUUUUUUAAACUCAUGUUUUAUAACACUAUUAUCUAGAUUUUCUUCUGCUUUUGGGGGAAGUUCAAAUAAUGGUGUGGUCUGAAUAUGUCCAGCAGACACUGUUUACCGUUUACUGUUGCACUUUAGUUGUGAUAUACAUAUGUCAUUUCACUUUUUAAAGUGGU